AGAGCGCGGCGGGGCGCGGCGCUGACGUCCGUCGGGAAGGUGACCCGGCUGAGGGAGGGGGGGGAAGGUGGAAAAGAGACGCAGGAGUUCAUUCCCGCCGCCAUGUUGUCCGUGGUUGCCCGUUCGGGCCCUUUGGCCCCUUACCUGUCGGCGGUGAGCCACGCCGUGUCGAGCCCGCUGAAGCCCUUGGCGAAGCCCUUGGCGCUGACCAAGCCUGUCGUCCUCGACCGGAAAGGGCCGGUGUUCGGCCAGGCGGCGCGGGGAGGCCUCGUCGUCACCUGCAGCAUGAAAGCACCUGCUAGUGUUCGUUAUGUCCACAAUGAUGUCGUUGUUCCUGACUUCUCUGCAUACCGUCGUGAAAGUGCCAAAGACUUUAAUAUAUCGUCCCAAGAGAGCAGCGAUUCUAGAAGAGCAUUCUCCUACUUCAUCACAGCAGCAACUUGUGUGGGCACAGCUUACGUUGCUAAGAAUGUUAUUGUUCAGUUCCUUUCCACCGUGGGUGCUGCCGCUGAUGUGCUGGUGGUAGGGCAGAUGGAGAUCAAGCUGUCUGGCAUUGAAGAAGGCAUGAAUGUAACUUUCAAGUGGAGAGGAAAGCCCGUCUUUGUGCGUCACAGAACCCAAAAGGAAAUUGAGAGAGAAGCUAAUGUACCUUUGUCUGAAUUAAGAGACCCACAGCAUGACUUAGAUAGAGUAAAGAAACCUGAAUGGCUUGUAAUGAUAGGCGUAUGCACGCAUCUUGGUUGUGUACCCAUUCCAAAUGCUGGAGAUUUUGGUGGCUAUUUCUGUCCUUGCCAUGGAUCACACUAUGAUGGAUCUGGCAGAAUCCGUAAAGGUCCAGCUCCGUCAAACCUUGAGAUUCCAGAGUACCAGUUUAUUUCAGAUGAUGUAAUUCUUUUGGGUUAAACUGCUGGACAAUUGGCUCUAGAGUUUAUUUGCACACCUUGAGGAAAUAGGGUCGUGUAACCUAAUCUAAACUAGUUGUUAAGAUACUGCUUGCUGUCCACAGCCACUUUGCAGCCAAAAAUAUUUGUUUGCAUAUUUCAUCAGUUUUAAUAAAGGAUUCAGUUGAUGUCCUA